GUCAAUCGUCAUCUGCCCCUCCGUCAGCAGUAUUUUAUUCGUUGGCUUAAAAGUUUAUUAUAUUUAAAAAAUUUAAUCAUGUCUAAAUUUCCACUUUUAUGUUUAAAUUAUGGUGUAAAGUUAUCAUGACCUGUACUUUAUAAAAAGUGCUUAAAAGUAUAUAUUUUCUAGUCAUUAUACAUAUUAUUUUCUGUUUCGACUGCAAUCCCGGAGAAAUGAUGAAUUAAUAUUAAAUGUUGAAGUUAUGAAUGAUUAUUACGAAUUUGAAGAUCGUAAAAUGCGUGGUUUUCGCGAUUGGCGAAAGGCUUUGAGGACACCAGCGACGUAUAGAGUAGGAAAUACAGUGAGACUACAACCUCAGUUUAUGUUACUAAUUGUUUUAGUAGGUGCUUUCUUAAUAGUGUUAUUUUAUUAUAAUUGGUGGACCAGUGACCAAGUAAUACAUCGUUGGACGAGGAGUUCAAGACAGUACAAUGGAACAUAUCCACUUUCACCUGUUAUACAUUCCGGAGAUAUUUUUACAUAUAGGAUAGGAAUUGUGGCUGAUUUGGACACAAAUUCAAAAAACGGGGCUAAGGCCUACACUUUUAAUAGUUAUCUUAAAAAAGGUCACCUAAGUUACAAUCCUGUUGAUAAGUUUGUAACUGUUUCAUGGGAUAGGACACCAAAUCUUUUGUUAUCAUCUACUUAUUCACAUAAAGGACGAGGCAUGGAAUUAUCUGAAUUGAUAGUAUUUGAUGGUCGACUGCUUACUUUUGAUGAUAGGUCGGGAAUGAUUUUUGAAUUAAUUAACAACAAAGUAGUCCCAUGGGCAAUUUUGUCAGAUGGUAAUGGCUACAAUGAGAAAGGAUUUAAAUCGGAGUGGGCGACCAUCAAAGAUGAAAUUCUAUAUGUAGGGUCUAUGGGCAAAGAAUGGACAACAGCUUCUGGUGAAUUUCAGACAUAUGACCCGAUGUGGGUGAAAGCUAUUAAUAUUCAUGGAGAGGUCCAACAUUUAAAUUGGGUCCAUCAAUACAAAACAAUACGACGGUCCAUUGGCAUUGAAUGGCCAGGAUACAUGAUACACGAAUCAGGGAUGUGGUCCGAGAUUAAUAAGAAAUGGUACUUCUUACCGAGAAGAUGUAGUCAGCAACCCUAUAAUGAAUCAAGGGAUGAAGUUAUGGGUUGUAACUAUUUAAUAACUGCUGACAAUAACUUCAAUAGUUGUAAGGCUAAACAGAUAACAAAACUCCAGCCUAAACAUGGCUUUUCAUCAUUCAAAUUUAUACCAGGAACAGAUGACGAAGCAAUAGUUGCAUUGAAAACAACAGAAUUUGAAGGGAAAACCGCGACAUACAUUUCAGCAUUUAGAACGGAUGGCACUGUGCUAUUAGACAAUACUUUUGUUGAAGACCUUAAAUUUGAAGGAAUCGAGUUUAUAUGAGACAAAUCUUAGAUCAAGAUUGUAAAUAAUGUUAAAUAUAUUUGUUAAUAAA